ACCACUGCGUUCUUAGAUGGCUUCAAUACGGUGCUGGGUGUUCACUCGGUGGAGUGGCUGGAUCGCGAUCGGCUCGCCAAGGGCGGUGCGUUGGGCAAGAGAAAACGAGAAGAAGUCGAGACUGGUGGGCAACCAAGGUGAGCUCGUCCGAAGGGCUGCCAUCUUUUCAAUUUUUGUGAACCAGCUGACAUGAGUCGGCGCAAUUUCAGCUCGGAACUUUCUCUGGAAGAGCUUUCUCUCUUGCACCACUACAGCGUUGCACUCGUCUGCUACCAUCAGAUUGAGCAGCAGCUGCGCGUGCGUGGCUUGCCCUUUGUGCAUGUGCGCUCAGCGAGCGAAAUCUCGUUGCCUCCAGCAAGCGCGGCCGCCCUGCGUUCGACACGGUCAGAGGUCGCCAAAGAUUCAGCGCACACCAGCAUGGUUCCGAGCUUGUGUGUUCGGGCAGACAGUCUCCUGGGCGCUUCCUCAAGCCUGGUCAGGCGCAAUGUCUCCAUCGAGCUACGAGACUGGAGCGAUCUAUUAAGUUGCUCCGUCAAGUUCACAGUACGACUCCGACGGUCACUUAGCACGAGCAGCCGCAAGUUGGUGCUCAACGAGGCGACCGGCGAUGUGCUCGAGCUCGAAAGCCAGCAGUCAGCGCUUACCUUCUCUACGCGAAGCAUCGAUGGCUGCGUGGCGCUCUUUCUCGAUGCAUGGGACCGAGUAUCAAGGAUCAUGUCGCUGGCUCGAGAGGUUGCUAGCGCUAGCAGGGCCGACAAGCUUGACGGUCUCGAGGUGCGAUCAUUUGAUCUCCAGGAAGUAGUAUUUACAUACGAAGGUGGCCUUACAGCGUCGGUAAGCCUACAGGACGACCCCCAAACACCACGGGGAAGCUCCUACAGACUCCAACUCGCCUCGAGCGCAGGCACUUCUCAGCCGAACCCACACGAGGUGAUCAUCGACUCGCUUAGCCGCAUGCUCAAUGGACGUUUCGAUGGUGCGCCAACUUUCUGGCCGAGCUUUUUACAGCUUCUACAUGACACGCUGCCGUACCUACGAGUGGUGGCUCCGAUAAUGGAUCAAUGUCUUGAGGACGUGCUGGCGCCUGAGCCCGACGUACGUUCCGCUACAUGGCUACGCUUGACAUUCAUCGAUAGUUUCGUUCUCGACGUACGAUUGCUGCGGGGUUCAAAAGUGCUGAUCCUCGAUGGGGCAACACCAUUAGAACCUUCGACGGAGCUGCAAGGUCACGAAUCAGGGUCGGAAUCUCUGGAGAAUUCCUCUAUUGAAAAGCCGCAGGACCAAAGCUCGUUCGCAAGACGUCGAUCAAAUGGUGCUUCCCACAGUGCGGCGCUACUGGACGGCGCAGUCUCGACGCCAAUUCCAAGCUUCUCUGAGAUACUUCAAGCAGUGAUGCGGGAAUUCAGACAACGCAAGCGCACUACAGAAGCAGCUGAAGCCGAGCAACAGGGCUCGACAGCGGAUCCAAAGGUCAGAUUUGCAAAGCCGACGAUACGGCACACGUCCGACCCAGCCGUCAUCGAUUUGGAAUCUGGCCUUGUCUGCGACGCUGCGGACCACCUUGUUGGACCAUUGUUGUCUGCCGUCAUCGAAAAGAUCAAGCAGCGCAUCGCGAGCGAACUCGGCGAGUAGCUUGGCACCCCGUCUAAAUCCGAUUAGCGCCACCCACUUUACAAGUGUCG